CACCAUGAGGUGUAUAAGAUCUCAGAAUUCAGCAAUGAUGUUAAUGGGGAGACCAAAGAGACACAACCCAUUUUUUUAGGAGAUGAAAACAUGGAAAUUAAAAAACAAAUUACAGGGAUGAGAAGAUUACUGAAUGACAGCACUGGGAGGAUAUAUCAACGUGUUGGCAAAGAAGGAGAAAAACUAAAAGAAGAGCCCCAGGAUUUGGAGUUAGUUUGGCCUCAGCGUUUGAACUCUUCUGCCGAGGCCCCACAGGGUCUCCACCCUCCUUCACGUGGGGCAUGGAAUGAACUACCAACCCAAAGUGGUCAGUUCUCAGGGCAGCAUGGUACACGUUCUAGAACCUUCCAGAGUCAACCCCACACCUCUGCAAGUUCCAAUGGAGAACUUCCAGGGGCGAACUCAUCAGCUGGAUCCAACUGCUGUACUUGUAGCUGCCAGUCAACAUUGCAGGCCAUUCUUCAGGAGCUCAAGACCAUGAGGAAGCUAAUGCAGUUUCAAGCAGUUGGAACUCAAAACAGACAACAACCCCCAAUUUCCCUUAUAUGCUCCCAGCGAACCGCUGUCUCAAGAAAGAGAAAUAAAAAGAAAAAAGUGCUCCCAAAGACUGUGGAACCUGUGACUGUGAAACCAAAGCCCAGUCCACUGGAAAUUGAGAAGAAGCCAGCAGCCAUGGUCACAAGGCCAUCUGGUCUCCAAGCCACAGAGCUCACCUCCAGUGAGGAGAGCCACGUCCUGGGAUUUGGCAUUGUUCUCGAAUCGCCUUCCUCAGAUCCAGAAGUGCAACUUGCUGAAGGCUUUGAUGUGUUUAUGCCGAAAUCCCAGCUGGACUCUAUAUUGUCAAAUUACACUCGCUCAGGAAGCCUUCUGUUUAGAAAACUGGUGUGUGCAUUUUUUGAUGACAAGACUUUGGCUAACUCCUUACCUAAUGGCAAGAGGAAAAGAGGACUCAAUGACAACCGGAAAGGACUAGACCAAAACAUUGUGGGUGCGAUAAAAGUCUUUACAGAAAAAUACUGUACUGCGAACCAUGUGGAUAAACUUCCUGGCCCAAGAGACUGGGUACAGAUUCUACAGGAUCAAAUUAAACUGGCCAGAAGAAGGUUAAAAAGAGGCUCAGCAGAGGUAGCUGACGGGGAUGAAAGACUGGACGGCAUUUCGCUACCACCAACAGGUAAUAUAUUUGUCACCAAGAGAGAGACCCCGGAGGACCCAGAACCAGGUUCCAUUGCCUAG